GCGGUGGUCCGUGGAGGAGCGGGGAGGGGGGAGUCGGGUUUCAGACCCAGUCCCGAUGCACUGAAGCUGCCUUUGUUUGACUGGGAACCAGAGGGAGAGCAAGAGUGAGGAGGAGGAGGAGAAGUUUUUAGCUUGGAGGGAGUGAAAGAGCGACAGAGUGGGCUCCAUCUCUCUCUCCGUCUCCACCAAAUAAAUGAAAAGGGAAACUUGAGUGUGGAUUUAAGCUCCCCAUCAGUGAAGAUGGCUUCACGCAUUCCUCCCUGGUUCUUUGGAUUAUCUCUCCUGUGCUGCCAUCACUCCUCUGCCUAUCAGCUGCUGGACGACCGGGGUUCUCACAGCUCGUUGGAUCUGACGGAGCUGAUCGGCGUCCCCCUGCCCCCCUCCGUCUCCUUUGUCACCGGAUUCGAGGGCUACCCGGCCUACAGCUUCGGCCCGGGCGCCAACGUGGGCCGCCUCACCAAGUCGUUCAUCCCAGAUCCGUUCCAUCACGACUUCGCCAUCACGGUGAUGGCGAAGCCGACCACGCGGCGCGGUGGUGUUCUGUUCGCCAUCACAGACGCAUAUCAAAAAGUCGUGCAGCUCGGCGUCGCCCUGUCGGAGGUGGAAGACGGCGCCCAGAACGUCAUAUUGUACUACACCGACCCAGAAACCAGAGGCGGGACCAGAGAGGCCGCUUCUUUCAAAAUGGGGGAGGUGACCGGACGCUGGGCGAGGUUUACCCUGACCGUGCAGGGAGCAGAGAUCCGCCUCUACAUGGACUGUGAGGAAUACCACAGAGUGGCCUUCACCAGGAGCGCCCAGCCUCUGACCUUCCAGACCAGUUCGGGGAUCUUCGUGGGGAAUGCCGGUGGAACGGGUCUCCCUCGGUUUGUGGGCUCCAUCCAGAAGCUGCUGCUGAACUCUGACCCCACGGCUCCAGAUGACCAGUGUGAGGAGGACGAUCCUUACGCGUCUGGUUUUGGGAGCGGAGAUGAAGAUUAUGACGACUCAAAGGAAGGAGAUGAAGUUAAGAAGAUUGUGGAGGAGAGGGAAUACCCCAUGGUUUUUCCAGAUCCCACAUAUGGCGGCCCAGUCCAAGCUCCGCCCACUGAACCGUCACUAAUCGAUGAUGAAGAGGGAGAUGAUGAGGAGUCAUCUGGCCAGGAGAUGGAAAUGACCACCGUAAGAGCAGCAACAUCUCGGGCGAACGCCUCUGAGAGACGAGCCGACGCUUCCCUCCAGGUGUCUACAGGGCAGAAAGGUGAACCAGGUGAGCCAGGUCCUCCAGGAUCUCCUGGCCCUCCAGGACAAGCAGUAGGUGGGGGAGGGGAUCCUGGACCAAGAGGUCCUGCAGGCCCAACUGGGCUUCCUGGGAAAGAUGGCGAGCCUGGGAUGAAAGGUGAACGCGGGCUGCCAGGAGCAGCAGGAUUCCCUGGACUACCAGGAGAUUCUGGUCCAAAAGGAGAGAAAGGUGAUCCGGGUCUGGGCGUUCCUGGUCCUCCAGGGCCUCCUGGAGCUCCUGGUCCACCCAGCAAAGCUGUCAUGGAGGGCUCUGGAUUCGAAGACUUUGACAGCGAUACAGAGGUUGUCAGGGGCCCCCCAGGGCCUCCGGGCCCCCCAGGGCUGCCUGGCCUCCCAGGAUCCUCAGCUAGCGGUGUCGCUCCGGGGCCUGCUGGGAAAGAUGGAGCAAACGGAGAACCGGGACUCGCUGGAGUUGAUGGGAAAGACGGCGACCCGGGCCCCGCAGGAGAGAAAGGAGCCAAGGGAGAGCCUGGAGCGAGCGGGCCACCAGGACCAAAGGGAGAUCAGGGUCCGGCUGGGUUUCCAGGGUUACCGGGGUCACCUGGCGCCGAGGGGCAGCCUGGUCCGAGGGGACCGCCCGGGCCGCCCGGACCCUCAGGAAGUCGCUUCGCCACGACGCUAGAGGACCUGGAAGGAUCUGGCCUGCUGGAGGAUUUCGGAGGCUCCCCUGGUCCUCAGGGCCCGCCAGGAGUCCCCGGACCUCCGGGCCCCAAGGGAGCCGAUGGUUCGGACGGGAACCCGGGAAAGCCAGGUCAGAAGGGGGAGCAAGGUGUUAGCGGACCACCGGGACUUCCUGGUCUGGAUGGAAUGAAAGGAGAAAAGGGAGCAAACGGGAACAAAGGAGAUCCAGGAAUAAAGGGAGAACGUGGUCGGGAUGGAGUCGGUGUGCCUGGUCCUCCAGGACGGCCCGGACCGCCAGGACCGGUUAUCAACCUCCAGGAUCUUCUGCUUAAUGCUACAGAUGGUGCCUUCAAUUUCUCAGGAGUAUUUCAAACUCAGGUUCCUGCUGGUCCAAAAGGUGACGUUGGGUUGCAGGGUUUACAAGGACCUCCUGGGAUAAAGGGUGAAAAGGGUGAACCCGGAUUCCUCACCGGCCCAGAUGGAUCCCUAAUGUCGGAUCUGGCUGGAGCGUUGGGAACCAAAGGAAUCAAGGGAGAUGACGGCGUUCCCGGAGCCCCUGGAGUUUCUGGUCCAGUUGGACCUCCAGGACCAAAAGGAGAAAUCGGUUUCCCUGGUCGACAGGGUCGUCCGGGGUUACUGGGUCCGAAAGGAGAGAAAGGAGACCUUCAUGGCCUUCCAGGGCCUCCUGGACCUCCAGGACCCCCAGGCAAGCCAGGCAUGUUCAACUGCCCCAAAGGAACGGUGUUCCCCAUCCCUCCCAGACCUCACUGCAAAAUGCUUAAAGUCUUCAGGAUGCCUCUGACAUAUUGCUGCAUGCUGCAUGGGAGCAGCGGGAAGGUGAAGGUUCAGUGCCGCAGGUUGACAGAGCUUCAUCCCAAUGGAACAGUUGCAUCAGGAAACUGCCAUCAGGGAGCAAAAGGAGAGAAGGGGGAGAGAGGACUACCAGGGUUACCAGCCCCACAAAGUUCAUUUCUCCCCACAGGUGGAUGGCUGACUAAAGGUGACCAAGGCAUGAAGGGAGAAAAGGGGGAGGCCGGGUUCCCGGGCCAGCCAGGAAUACCUGGGAGGUCCGGAUUGGUGGGACCUAAAGGGGAGUCGGUGCUGGGACCACCUGGGCCUCCGGGGAUGCCUGGCCCACCUGGGGCUGCAGGCUACGGCAGACCCGGUGCCGUCGGACCUCCUGGUCCUCCAGGACCACCUGGACUACCACUAAGAUACGGCUCAGCGGUGGCCAUUGCUGGCCCUCCUGGACCUCCGGGACCGCCUGGAGCCCCUGGGACUUCAAGUAACUCUGCCUUUCUGAAAACCUUUUCAACUCGAGAGAGCAUGAUGCAGCAGACGUCGAGGGACGAAGAGGGAACUCUGGCUUACGUCAAAGCAACAGGAAACCUGUUUCUAAAGGUUCCCCAAGGCUGGAAGCAAAUACAGCUGGGCAGCCUCAUCUACCUGUCCAAUAACAUCAUCCCCCAAGAUGAGCCUCGAGUUGCAUAUCAAGUAAGAGGAGAGACGAUGCAGAGAGUCCGUUCGGUCAAAGAAAGGCUAAACUUGGUAGCGUUGAAUCAGCCGCACUCAGGGAACAUGAUGGGGCUGGACAUGGCUGACCGGAUGUGUUAUGAGCAGGCCAAGGCCAUGGGUUUGGCUCCCAACUACCGCGCCUUCAUUUCGUCCCACAAGCAGGACCUGGUCCAUGUCGUCUAUCCCGGUUUCCGGGACUCGCUGCCAGUAACCAACCUCAGGGGAGACGUGAUGUUCAGGAACUGGCAGUCCAUCUUCAUCGGCAACGGCGGACCAGUGAAUCCCAGGAUACCCAUCUACUCCUUUGAUGGCCGGGAUGUUUUAGCUGAUCCUUUCUGGCCCAAGAAGAGCAUCUGGCACGGUUCCACCAGCAGGGGUCUCAGAGUCAUCGACAAACACUGCGAGACGUGGCAGGCAGACGACUUCUCCGUCAUGGGUCAGUCGUCCAGCCUGACCUCAGGGCUGCUGCUCGGCCAGCAGACCCGAAGCUGCUCCACCGAGUUCAUCGUCCUCUGCAUCGAGACCUACAAAAACUCCUAACUCGCUCAGACAAAACCCAACGUGGACGUAGUAAACAUUAAAGACUCCUUGAGGACAUAAUUUUAGCCGUUUGUGGUUUUAAACCAACGUCAUCUUUUAGUUUCCUGACUUCUGAGAUCAGUGAGAGGACUGGGGGGUCGUGGCGUACUCUCUCCGAAUACAAGAAUCACAGAAUGUCUUUAUUUAUUACGAAGCAAGUCGAAGAUUUCCAACCUGGUGGCACAUAGAGCGAUGCAGGAUAAAACCCAGAGGUUUGACACCAUGAACAAAUAAAUGCAAACUCAGUCACAAUGAAGUUAAACAUGCAACACUGCAUGGAUGUAAAGUAGCACAUAUUCCUUCUUUUAUACGUUAGAUCAAAAAUACAAGAUCAGUGACUGAACCUGGAGGCCUACUUCUCUAUUUGUUUAGAAAAAGGUUGUUUCAGGGUUUUUUCUACUUCAUGGAAGACCAGACAACCAAUGUUGCCACCAAAGACAUUUGUGAUGCACUGUACUUCUUUGUUUUUGUUUUUUUUCUAGUUCUGUUUGUUUGAUGACCAUUCUUUUUAGGAGUUCUCUCUUUAAAGGACUUAUUUAAUUUAAAUCUAUUGAUUUAUUUAUGCUGUCACAGCACAUAAACAUUAGACAUCAGACAAUGUAAUGUAAUUUAUCAUGUGUUUUAUUGACUCUCUCGCCUAGAUUUGGUCUAUUUUUGUACAAUGUUCUUUAACAAGAAAAAAGUAUUCGAGUGUCAAUAGAAGAUGAUAAAUUUAUCAAACCAUGCAAUACAAAUUAAUGUUUGAAAGGACAAAACAAAGUGCAAAUGUGAGAGCGCAUGUUUUGUACAAAAUACAAAUAUUUGUGGUUUUGGGAAUAAAGCUAUUUCUUUUCAUAAA